AUGAAGCACGGGUACCUGGUUUAACGGAGUCUGCUGGGAAUAGAUCCAAAAAGUAAAUUGUUAUCGAGGGAUAGUAAAAAAGACCUGAAACGAUCUGGAGAAACAUUGAGGUUUCCCAGCAUAGCCAGUUUAUUCCAAAAAAUGAAAAACGUCUCAAAGAAAUUGUUGAAACGUAUCCCUACUCUGAUAAGUCGUGAUGGAGCACGUACUGAAUUUGAUCUCCAGAAAACACUUUGACCAACUGGCAAACGACUCUCCUCAAUAUAAAUUUUACGUAAAGCUUUUAGACAAAACUUGGUUUUCAAUUUUGGCUUUUUUUGCGUUUUCAGGGGCAAAGGAUUGUGCGCGUGCUUCCUUGCGCUUUGAAGAGUGUUGAAAAGAGCGGUUGCUCGAUCGUAGCUAGAAGUUGAAGUUCAAAGCUAAGUUUUCAUUCUAUUUUUUUUUUUGUGACACAGCUUUGUUCAAAUAAAUUUAGAAACUUCCAAUUAUGUUGUCGGUCGGUUUCCCUCUGCGACAGUUUUGAGCCGACAGGAACUUUUCUUAUUCCAACAGCUCCUCUAUGCUGGGAGGCGACUAAGCGCCCACUAUCGGCUGUGUCGCCACUAAGCGCCCUCUAAAAUUUCAGGCGCCUUGAAAGCGGUUUGUGAGAUUUGCGCGAAAUAGCGAACUUGCCCUCCCAUCGUAAAUUCUUCAUAUUCGAAAAUUUUUGGGAUUUUUAUUUAUUUUCAUUUUUUGUUUUCAUUUCGAUUUUGCUUUUGUUUUUGACUUCGGCUACGAUUUAUGUUUUUAAUACGUUCUCCACUGAAUCCUGCUAAUCCGUACUAUUUAGAAACCAUUUUGCCGAAAGAGUAUUUAUUCUUUGUAAUUUAUCAAAAGAUGUUCAACUUAACUAUUUUUUUCAAGAUACGAGUAUAUUAUAAUUAAUAGUUUUUUUCACCAAAUUGAUACCGGCGAUUGUUAAAAUUUGAAAUGGACAUGUUUUUGAAAAAAAUUCGUUUCUAUUUUCCAAUUAGUUUUAGUUUUUUUCAGUUUUAUCUUAUUAUUUUUAUAAUAAUAAUUAAACUAUCGUGAAUGUGCAGUAUCCAUCUUGCCAACCUCAAAUUUAUGACUCCUUGUCAGUAAAUGUCUCCUUCUGUUCUAAAAUUACCAUCUCCCUUAUUGGUGGGGUGAACCCGCUGUGCUAAUUCGGGUGAAACUCGGAUAAACCUGUAAUUUACCCGAUUUAGCUUGGUGCGUUAAACCGCUUUUGCCGCGCCAGUCACCCGAAAACCAAAACAAAUAAAAAAUAGAAGCAGCCGUUGAACGUGAUGUCUUUUUCCAGAUAAUUGCCAAAAGGUUGCCAAACGUGCCGAAAAAACUAGAAGAGAAAAUAGUUUUUCGAAGGUUAUUUCUUGAGGUUCGCUUUUGAUCCAACCUUUGGACUUCAAAUUUUCUGUUGCAGAUUAUGAAAGACGCGCAUCGAAAAGGGAAAGCUUCAAGUCUUCAUACAACGCCUCAUGUCUUCAUUUACCAAAAGAAUCUCGCAGCGACUCUUUUGAAUAAUCUCGCAGGGACUGAUUUGACUCUUCUAACCUCCUUCAUUUUAAAAGUAAUUUGA